ACCUCUUAUUUUUCUUUGGUAGGAAACCUCCUCAAAUGUUAUGCUUAAACUCCCUUCCAUUCUCUCCAGAAUGCAAAAACCUUUCAUCUUUUCCUCUGCAAAUAUUAUUAACUAUACCAAUACUCCUCCCAAAAUCCCACAUUCCAAUUACAUCAAUAAUCCCUUUGAUACUUUAGAAUUAUGCCAAUCUACAGAACAAUUUAAACAACUCCAUGCUUUAACCAUCAAAACAAGACCUCUCCAAACCCAACUCCUCUACUCCAAAAUUUUAUCAUCUCUCAGCCCUCUUUCUUCCCCUGAGAGCCUUAAUUAUGCCAGGGAACUUCUCAGCCACUUAAAAGCUCCAUAUUUGCAAGUGCAUUUUCAUAAUUCUAUAAUCCAAGCCCUCUCAAAUUCUUUGGAAGCCAUGGCAUUGUACAGAGAAAUGAUAACCAAGGGUAUUUAUCCGGACACUUACACUAUUCCUUAUGUCCUCAAAGCAUGCGCCAAAUUCCAUGCCCUGGAAGAAGGCCAACAAGUCCACGCACAUUCCAUUAAGUUUAAUCUUAAUUCCAAUGUUUAUGUUCUCAACACUCUCAUGCGGCUUUAUGCUGUUUGUGGGAUCAUUGAUAACGUUCGAAACUUGUUCGAUCAAAGUCCUGAGAGAGACUUGGUCUCUUGGACUACCAUUAUUCAAGCUUUUGUUAAAACGGGUUUUGCCAAGGAAGCCAUUCAGGCUUACUUUGACAUGUGUAGAGAAAAUUUAAGACCCGAUAAAAUGACACUGGUCGUCGUCCUUUCCGCUUGUUCAAGGCUGGGAGACUUGAGUUUAGGGACCCAAAUUCAUGAAAAUAUAUGCAACUUUCAUGAUAUUGGUUCGGAUGUUUUUGUUGACAAUGCAUUGGUUGAUAUGUACAUGAAGUGUGGCGAUGUGGAUUCAGCUCGUCAGUUGUUUAAUUUAAUGCCUGUUAAAAAUGUUGUUUCUUGGAAUUCCAUGAUAUCUGGUCUAGUUCAACAAGGACAAUUUAAGGAAGCGUUAGAUGUCUUUCAUGACAUGCAAAAGAUAGGUCUUAAGCCUGACAAUGUUACUCUAGUUGCCGUUCUGAAUGCUUGUGGUAAUCUUGGGAAGCUUGAAUUUGGAAAGUGGGUUCAUGCGUAUGUUGAUAAAAAUCGAAUCAAGGCAGAUGGUUUUAUAGGAAAUGCGUUGGUGGAUAUGUAUGCUAAGUGCGGAAGCGUAGAACAAGCUUUUGGGGUGUUUCAUUCCAUGAAAUGUAGAGAUGUUUUCUCUUAUACAGCUAUGAUUGUUGGAUUUGCAAUGAAUGGAGAAGCUGAGAGAGCAUUGGAAAUCUUUGCGGAGAUGCCUGUUGUGGGUGUCAAACCGGAUGACGUGACGUUUGUUGGUGUUCUUUCUGCAUGUAGUCAUGCAGGGCUGGUGGAGGAGGGUUGGAAGCACUUUGAAGACAUGUCAAGAGUUUAUAAUCUGCAACCUCAAACAGAGCACUAUGGCUGUAUGGUUGAUCUUUUAGGCCGUGCUGGACUAAUAAGUGAGGCAGAAGAAUUCAUAGCAAAUAUGCCAAUUGAGCCUGAUGCAUUUGUUUGGGGUGCAUUACUAGGAGCUUGUAGCAUUCAUGGAAAAGUUGAGCUUGGGGAAAGUGUAAUGGAAAAACUUGUUGACAUCGAACCUGUAAGAGAUGGUGCAUAUAUACUCAUGUCAAACAUCUAUUCAUCUGCAAAUAGGUGGAAAGACGCGCUAAAGUUGAGAAAGGCAAUGAAAGAAAGAAAACUGAAGAAGACUCCUGGUUGCAGUUUAAUUGAAGUCAAUGGUAUUGUAUAUGAGUUCCGAAAGGGCGACAAAUCACACCCAAGAAAUGAGGAGUUAAGAAAGUUGCUGGAAGAAAUGGCAACUCACUUACAGAGCCAUGGUCAAUUUCCAAGUAGCAACUGUAUCUCCUAAUACAACUUAUGUAGAUAAUUGAGAAUGAUUUUGUGUGGGAAAAUUAAUGGAGGCCCUCAGGCAUGUUGGCAUAUUUGUUUGGCUUUCUCACAAGGCCAUGUCUGUUCAAAACAAGAAGCGGGGUAAGAAAAUUAUGGUCAAUAUUCACGUAAACACCUAGAAAAUCUAAGUUUCUCAAAUUAUACCCUUAAUUGUGUUUUGCCUUAGGUAGCGGUUAGACUUUAUCUUAGACAGAGGUUAACACCAACCUGCUUUUGUACUCUUCUUAGGAGGAUUAAGGAUUGAGGCCUAAGAUUGGAAUCCCUGUUCCCCACUUGUACCUCUUUUAUGUAACAGAAAAAGAGUACAAACCAAUCUUGAUGUGAAAUGAAAGGCAUCUAAUUAAUUUCUCAA